AUGAUGCACAGCUUCAUGGGAGGGGGCCUAUUUUGUGCCAUCGUGGGGAACAUCCUGCUGGUGGUCUCCACGGCCACAGACUACUGGAUGCAGUACCGUCUGUCCGGCAGCUUCGCCCACCAGGGCCUGUGGAGGUACUGCAUGUCCGGCAAGUGUUACAUGCAGACUGACAGCAUCGCCUACUGGAAUGCCACUCGUGCUUUCAUGAUCCUCUCUGCCAUGUCGUGCUUUGCUGGCAUCAUCGCAGGAAUCCUCUCCUUUGCCCACUUCUCGGCCUUUGAGAGGUUCAACCGCUCAUUUGCUGCUGGGAUCAUGUUCUUUGUUUCGACUCUCUUUGUUCUGCUUGCAAUGGCCAUUUACACUGGAGUGACUGUGAACUUCCUGGGAAAGCGUUUUGGUGACUGGCGCUUCUCUUGGUCCUACAUACUAGGCUGGGUGGCACUGCUCAUGACCUUCUUUGCAGGUAUAUUCUACAUGUGUGCCUACAGAAUGCACGAGUGCAGAAGAGUUGCCUGCCCACGUUAAAGUAAACAGGAAAUAACGUUGUCAAGGGUGCAAAGAAUAUCAAUCUCUACUCAGAAAUUGAGAAUUUACUGUAAAAUAAUAAAAUUUGGA